AUGAGUUAUAAAUGCAUAUUUAAAUCAUUAUAUUUUAUUUUAAUAGUAAUUAUAAAUACAUUUUUAAUAAAAUGUGAACUUUGCCAAGAUGCAGAUAUUAUCUUAACUAAUUUUUGGGAUAAAAUAAAUAAUAUUAAACAUGGGGAUGUACUAAUCAUAAAUCUUAAAAAUUAUUAUUGUCCAGCUUGUAAUCGAUAUUUAGAAAUAUGGAAAAAAGUAGAAAAUGAUGUUUUAUAUUUUGAAAAAAGUGUUUCAUUAUUUGUCUUUGAUUGUUCAUGCCAUUUAUUUACUUCCUACUGCAGAUAUUUUAAUGUAACUUAUUAUCCAACAUUUCGAUUAUUAUUUCCUGUAUAUGAAAAAAUAGAAGAGAAUAAAUAUAUGCAUAUUUCACCUUCUGAGGAUAUAGGAAAUAAGACAUAUAAAGGAAAUUUAUUAUUAGCAUAUAGAAAAGUUAAAAGGAUUGAAAAUAUUUAUAACUUUCAACAUAUAAUGAAAAAGUAUUUGUGUAACAACGUGAAUUUCAAUCAUAUUAAUUUGAAAUCUUGCAUUUUGGAUUUAUCUUCUAUUAAUAAAAACGUAUUAGAUAAUACUUUGGUAGGAGGUAUAAAUAAUAGUAAUAGUUCUGAAGAAAAUGAAGUAGAAAAAUGGAAUAUAAGAAACAAUAAAGAAGAUAUAAAGCAUGAUAUUAUAAUUGGAUUAUUAUUUACAUUAAAAAAAAUUAUUUCAAUGAAAAAUUAUAUUGAUUAUUCUACAUUAGAACCAUAUAUUAAUAUAUUGAAUAUAGUAUCACUUAUAUACGAAGAUUUAGCAGAAUCCUUAAAUGAAAUUUCAAAAAAAUUAAAAGCUUAUAAAUAUCCUAUUAGAUAUGAAGAAUGGAUCAAAUUAGUACAAAACAUAAAUAUUGGUGAAUAUUACUUAGAGGAAAAUAAUAAUUUCAAUUUUAAAAUAUGUGAGAAAGACUCUUUACUUUGUACAUUUUGGUUGCUAUAUCAUAAAAUUUCAAUAUACCGUCUGCAACACGAUAAAGAAAACUAUAAUUUUUAUAUACAAGUAAUAACAAAUUAUACAAAAAGUUAUUUAAAUUGUAAAAAUUGUAUUGAACAUUUUUUGAAUGCUCAAAAAUCAUGUUAUUAUGGAUUUUGUAAUAUUCACUCAGCAGAAUCCCUUGUCAUUUUUCUCUGGAGAAUACAUAAUGGAGUUACAUUAAGAACUAUGUAUGAGCAUAUCAGUUUAAAUAUACAAACAGGUACUGAUAAUUUGAAAGUAAGUAAAUUUCUUAAUAAAGAUAUUGUAUUUCCAUCAGAAAAGCAAUGUGCAAAUUGUAGAAAUGGACAGGGUUUUACAAAAAUUACUUAUGAUAUUAUAAAAAAAUCAAAAAAUAUAAUUCAUAAUGAUGAAUAUUUUGAUUCCAUUGAUGCUUUUAAUAUUAAGAAUGUUCUUAAAUUCUUAAUUAAUUUUUAUUCUUAA